AUGCCUGAGUCAGCUAGGGGUAGUGACUAUCGUAAAGUAACAGUAAUAGUGGAAGAGAAGUUACCCUUUUUCUUGGUUUGGCAGUUCGGAGCUUCGGCAGGUGGUUGUCCCUUCGGAAGAGCAUCUCCUUUGGCAGGGAGGAAGACAUGUCUACCUUGGUGUACAAUCACGCUUGGUUAA